AUGUCGUUCCAUCCUCAGACUCCCCAGAGCCCAUCGCAAUUCUCCUCCGGGACCUCGGAGCCCGUGUUAAGCGUGACAACCUCAAUGACCUCCACAGCCACGCCAACCACCUUGCCGACUCCCGCCCACAGCGUCACUGGAAGCGCCCAUCACGACCUUGCAAUGACCGACGACUCCCCCCACAAGCGGAAGCGCUCUGUGGAUGACAGUGGCGACCGCGAGCAGAAGAAGGUUCACACCGAGGAAAGCAAGCUGGGCAUUGAGGACCUGCAUCUCGAUGUGGGGAAGAAAUACCUUCUUUGCCAGACUCCUCAUCCGGAAUCUUUACCACGCGUCUCGGAAGAUCUUUAUGACAUGUUCAACCUCAGUGGGCUCGCCGCCGAAGUAGCUCGGGAGAAGCCAAACGGCGAAAAGAACGCAUUGCGUUCAUCUUACACAGGCCAUAUGAAGAACUUAGGUAUUGCCGGCAACUGGAAAGUGCGAGUAACAGACAAGGACUCUAACGCCGAGAAACCCGACUUUUUCGACAUCCUGCACAUGCCUGAUGAGGAUUGGGAUAAUACGAUAGUUAAGGGUCAAAACAUCAAACACGGGCUAUCACAAGCAAGUCUAUCCACCCUAGGACGAGCAGUAACCAUGGCCAAGGGACCUAUAGGCAAGAAGGACUGGGAUACUUCAAGAUUAGGACUUCAGUCACCCGGCCUGGAUUCAAAGCAAACUUCGUCAGCGAGACCUACCGCUCCCAACACUCCGCUCAACGUACCUGGUGCAGUAGGACGACUAAAGGCUCAGGGGCCCUCAGCAAACGAUCCAAACCGACCAAAGCGUAACGUGAAGAAGCGAACAUAUGGUGAUAGCAGUUUCGAGGGCUAUGGUGAAGGUUACCCUGACGAUGACACAGCCGUGGAAGGGGGCUACUCAACGGGAGAGGGAGAGGGCGGCCAGAAGCGACGCAAGAAGAACCCGGGAAACACCUCGCCAUACCCGAGUGCUAUGCGCCAGCAAAGCUACGGCCCUGGCAUGGUGGGCGCAUGA